AUGGUUCUUCCAACUACAUCUACAUUCUUCUUUGCGAUUUUCUUGUUUUUCGGAGUUAUGGUAAGUUGUCACAUAAAAAUCAUGUGAUAUGCUGAAUAUAAUUGAAGGGCUCCGAAAAACAAGAACAAACUGUCUAUGAUGAUUUUCUGAUUGGAAUUCAAAAUGCAGUUAUAAACAAUAAUCAAACUGCUUUUCUCCAAUACUAUACUCAAGAUUUUGAUGCAGCUGGUAUUAUUUUCUAUAAUUGAUUUCAAAUUUAAAAAACAUUAUUUUCAGCAUGGUACAAAAGAUUCUAUCAACCAUUCAAGCCCGAAGAACGAAAAACUUUCAUUGUCAGCCAGAUUCUUCUAAAGUUUAGAACAUCUUAUUUUUUACAGGUUCGUCGCUUUGGGGAAGUUCAGGAGAAUACAGAAGGUGUGAAAUUGAGCUACAGCGAGAGUUACAAUCAAAACGGUAACAGUUCGGAUAUCCAUUUGAUUUCUUAUGAUGUGGUACUCAAAAAAGUAAACUAUCUUGUUAAAAAAUCUAAACCAAUCUAAUUUUUCUCCAGGUAACCAAUAAUACAAUUGGCUAUGGAAUCAAUGACAUCAAACAGCAUAAAACAUAA